CGGACAGAAACCACCCCAACGACACCACGAGAGCCCUGCUGUUGCCAUGGCGUCCACUAAACUGGGAGCACUGGGGGUGCUGCUGUGUGUUCUGGCCGUGAGCGCGGAGGUGAAGCCCCAGGACAACUUCAACCUGCAGAAGUUGGAGGGAAAGUGGUAUCUGGUGGGCUUUGCCUCCAAUGCUGAUUGGUUCGUGAGCCGUAAAGCUAAGAUGACGAUGGGCACCACCAUCCUGACCCCUCAGCCCAGCGGAGACCUGCAGAUGGACUACAGCAACCUGAGGUCUGAUGGAACUUGUUGGAAGAUGAGUCAUCUGGCUCAGAAGUCAGACAUUCCUGGGAAAUUUGUUUACCAGAACCAGCGCUACGGGACGGAUAAUGAUAUGCGAGUGGUGGAUGUGAAGUAUGAUGAGUACUGCCUCAUGUACAGCUUCAAGACCAAGGAAGGGUCCUCCUACAUCCUCAACCAGAUGUACAGUCGUACUCAGAAGCCGAGUCAGGAGGUUCUGAAGAAAUUCACCAAGUUCUCUCUGGAUCAGGGAAUCCUCCCCGAGAACAUCGCCAUCCUGCCCAAAGCCGAGGAGUGCUCUUAAUCUCACUCUGCUGAAGCUAAAGAUCAUCACCCCCCUGUAUCUGCUGUAAUCCUGUAACAGCGCCUCCUGCUGGUGAUGAUGAGGAACACCUGCUGCUCCUGAUAUUAAACCCCGACCUGUUUCUGCUGAUUCCCAAUAAAACCUGAUAUUUACUGAUAUUAAA